AUGGCGGCGAAAUCAAGCAGAAAAAGGCCUACCAAAACUUCCGAAGAGCAGUUGCUGGAGUAUAUUAGAUUAAUGGAGGAGGACGUGGUGUUCCGCAAGAAAACCAUUAACCCUACCCUGGAACCCGAUGAUUACAUAGAAGCAAAAUGGAUCAAACUUGCAUCAACUUUAAACUUCUGCGAUUCAGGCCCGGAACUAUCAGUGAACGAAUGGAAAACGCGGUGCCCCGUGCCAUGGAUAUCCGCAGUUAUUUCAAAAGGUCAAGACUGCAGUCAACAAAUGAAAAUUCAAACUCCUCUAUCGUGCACGAAACUCCCGUUCAUGCUGUACAAACUAUCUCUAAUGACCCAGUCUUCGUCUGUUACCAGCGAGUUAGAUUUAGGAUUGUAUGUAGAUAAGGAUAACGAUAAGACAGGAGUUAAAGAUGAUGUCAAAUUAAAGUUAUUGGUCGAUUGCUUUAUACCAAGUAAAAACUAUAAUUUUAAGUUGGACGCUGAUAGUGUGGGAUGUAAGCGAAUAUUCAAAGCGGAGUGGUUAGACAAAUACCCCUGGCUGGUUUACUCUCCAUAUUUGAAAGGAGCUCUUUGCAAAACAUGCGUUCUGUUUAAGCCUUCAUUAAAAAGAGGUGUUAUGGGUGCAUUCGUCGUUUCGCCUUUUCGUAAAUUCAAAGACAUGCACGAAUGUGCGCGAAAUCAUGUAUCAUCACAGUGGCACAAAGAAUCGAGUGUAAUGGCAGCCAAUUUCAAAUCUGUAAAAUAUGGAACGCAAAUGGACAUCGUACAGCAAAUUGACAGCUCAAUGGCAAAACAGGUUAAAGAUAAUCGAGAAAAACUCUUACCCAUAAUUUCUACAAUCGUAUUUUGUGGGACGCAUGAUCUUGCUCUUCGUGGAAAAGAAUCGAGCAGUGGAAAUUUUGUAGACUUGCUGAAAUUCAGAAUACAUGCAGGAGAUCGUGUACUGCAACAACAUUUAGAAUACUGCCCCGGUAAUGCAAAGUAUACGUCGGUUCAAGUCCAAAAUGAACUAAUAGGCAUCUGUGGUCAAGUACUACGAAAACAAAUCGUCGAUGAAGUUAAUAAAGGUUAUGGUUUUUCUAUUUUGGCCGUCGAAACGGCUGACAUAUCAGGAAAAGAGCAGUUGUCAAUCGGCAUUAGGUACGUCGACUCAAACUACAACAUUAAAGAAGAAUUUUUAGGAUUCCAACAACUAGAAAAACUUGAUGCUGACGCAAUUAGUCAUGCAAUUUUAAAGGUACUUGCUGAUUGUGGAUUGGACAUGGACAAACUUGUAGGGCUUGGUUUUGAUGGAUGUGCAACCAUGGCUGGAAAAGAAACAGGUGUACAGCAAAGAAUUAAAAUGAAACACCCUAAAGCAAACUUUUUCCAUUGUGCGUCACAUCGACUAAAUUUGGUUAUUAAUGACUUAUGUGCGGUUCGGGAAAUUCAAAACUGUUGUUCCAGCAUAAAGGAAAUCGUGAAAUUUUUUCGAGAAAGUGUUUUACGAAGAAGAUUAGUCGCAAAUUUGCCUCUGUUGUGUGAAACUAGGUGGUCCGCAAAAUAUAAAUCUAUCCGAAUCUUCUACGAGAACUUUAUCAACAUAAUUCAUGCCCUUGAAGAUCUUGCUACAAAUGCAGAAUAUAAUGCAGCUACACGCUCAAAAGCUCACCAACUAUAUCUGGCGGCUUGUCAGUCCAAUUUUAUUGUUGCUAUGGUCAUAAUAGCAAAAUACAGUUCUAAACUAGAACCUGUGGUUAAUACCCUUCAAGGCAUCAACAUCAAUCUCUUAGAUGUAAAAAACCACAUAGGUAUUAUUGAAGAAACCCUUAAAAAACACAGAAGUGAUCAUGAAACCUACUUUGCAAACAUUUAUCAGGAAGCUACGGAAAUAGGAAAUAAAAUCGGCAAACAAAUGGAAAUGCCGCGCAUUGUUCAGCGACAGAAACAUAGAUCGAACCCGGCAUUAGGUACAAACGCUCCGGAAGAAUACUUUCGUAAGAUCCUUUACGUACCAUAUUUGGACUCUAUUAUUUCUUCAAUAACGAGCCUAUUCGAGGAGACCAACACACCAGCGUUUGCUUUGAGUUUACUACAUCCAAAAUUUGUUACAAGCACCGAACAAUCACACCUUAUGGCUCAGCUGAAAUCUGCUGAACAAUUUUACGGAAUAGAAAACCAUUGCGAAGAGACUGAUACGUGGCUACAUUAUUGGAAGAGCAAGACAAUUCCUGCAGAUAUGACACUGCAUGACGCUUUGGCGGAAACUGAAUUUUUUCCCGCUGUAGCUAAAGGGAUCAUUAUUUUUAUGACCCUUCCACCUACAACGUGUACUGUCGAGAGAAGUUUUAGUACGUUAAGGAGAGUGAAGACGUGGCUAAGGUCGACAAUGACUACACAACGACUUGACGGAUUAUGUAUGUUAAGCGUCCAUCGAGAGAAGGUGAAAGUUGAUAUUGAUCAAUUUUGUCAAAGUGUCUUGGAUAUAUUUGCUCAAACUCCAAGGAAUUUGAUGUUUGCCUUCUCUGAUAAAUAUGCAUAG